AUGAAGGAUUCAAAAAAUAAUAUUUUGUUUUAGAAGACAAUGAUACAAAGAUUUUGUAGGAAUUUCAAGGAUUAAUUUAUGAAAAUACAAAAUUUAGAAUUUUAGACUGGGUUAAUUGAAAUGCAGAUGUAAGUUGAAAAUAUAAUAUUUUUUAGGUAGCAUAUUCACAAAGAAAAAAUUUAAAAUAUUUCUCAAUUAGAUAGUAAUUAACAUAAAUUCAACAAGGUAUUUAGAGCAUUCAAGCAAGAGUGCAAUCUGCUUAAGUAAUAUCACUAAUAUAUUUGUUUAGAAUAAAUGCAGUAGAAAGCUUCAAGAGCGUUGUCAAUUUGGCUUAUUAUAGAAAUAAGUAUAAUACACAUAAUAUAUUGACAAUGUUUUCGAAUUAUUGUGGAGCCUUAACUAGUUUAAUAAAAUUUCUAAAUACUAAUAUCGUAAUUAAUAAAGAUGAUGAUUGA